GUGAGGCUUUUAUUCAUUCAGAAACUUAGGUGCCUUCAGCGCUUCUCAGCUUUUAAUUAUUUCAGAAUUACACUACUUUGUCAAAUCCCACUGUGUCAUGUUCCACUGUAAAUCAAGAGACAACACAUCUAGUCUUGUUUGAAAUCUUGUAUUGUCAUAUUUGUGCUGGAACAUAAUGGAGAAACAAAAAGAAGUUUUUGUCAAGCAAUGGCAGGAUAAAUUCCCAGGUGUCCCUGCGCCUGAAUUGAACUUUGAGGAUACAGAGACAUUGGAACAAGAUUUGUUAAAAUGCAAGGAGCAUGUUAAAAGACUUGAAGAUCAAUUAAACCAAGCAAAAUUUCUUAUGAUAUUUCUUCAGACAUCACUCGCGGUGAGUAAAAAGACAUAUGAAAGAAGGAAAUGGGGAUAUGGAUCUUCUAUUGAUUCUGAAUCAGACUCUAUAACAAGUCCUAGAAUAUUAUCCACUGACGAAAACAGAGACUCAGCAUUUGAUGGGGAAAAUCAUGUAGCAAAAUCAUCAGUAAUUGAAAAUAAACAAGAAUCUAAUGGGCCACAGGUUCAAAUGAGAUCAAAAAAUGUUUCAUCACUGGUUGAUGAAAGUAAGGGAAACCGAACUUCAAAAGUUUUAGAGAAUGUCAAAAUGUUUGAACAUAUUUCUGAAGAACAGCCGUCGCAUGACCCUGGAGCAAGCAUUAGAAGUCUUCCCAACAGAUCAAGCAGUCGUAAACGAGCUCCAUAUUUGGAAGUAUGGGAAUGUAAAACAGGAACAGAUGAUAAAAUGAAAGACACAGGUUCUGCAGAAAUACAGACCUCUGUUUCUAACAAAUCUGGUACGACAGACUCCUUUACAGCGGCAGCAGUAUCUAUGAUGGACCCUGGCUAUAUGAGAAAACCGCUUGCAAAAGCAAAAUCUGAACAAGAUAAUACAACUAAGCGUUCGUCAGCACCUCCUCGUGAUAAUUACGUUGAAGUAUGGACAUGCAGUAGUGGAGAUCAGAUCAGUCUGGGAAUAAUUUAUGAUGAUCGUAUGGAUUUUCUUGAGAGUAUUGAUGCACACAAUCUAUUUAUGGUCCCACAGAAGGCAGCAAUUGAGCCUGAUUAUAAUUUGGAAGAUAUUGAUGCUAAAGAUGGGUACGGUAAAGAACAUUAUACUCUUGCUGGUUCAGAAGUCAAAUUAAGGGAAUCCAAGGAAUUUGUGAAUGACCCUGUUUCUAACAGAUUAACUUGGCCAGCAGCAAAAGCGAAUGCUCCUGAACAUUUCCAGAACGAAAAUCUUGGGCUGGGUGACAGUUUACCUCCAAAUAUGACAGAAUCAGGCAUGCUAUCAGAAGGAGUUUGUGAUCUCAGUGAUCUUGAUGAAUCUUCUCGGAGUUCUUCACUCUCUGGUUCUCCUACUUUUGAAAGACGCAGUGUUGGUGAUACAGUACAGGACAAUAUUCCUGCAAAAUCAAGAACAUUUCCAGAACGAGUGACAUCUAAUUCUCCAUUCCAUAAGUUGAGCCAAGCAAGAACAACCAAUGAACGAAUAAAUGCUCUCGAAGGUGGAAGAGACAGUUAUUACGGAGAAUAUUUUGAUGAAUAUGGUGACUGGGUGGGAAGUACUCCUGAUGGACAAUCUCUUGAUUCAGCAGAUUUUUCAGAAGAAGAAGAAGUUGAUGUUGACGCAGAGGAAGAAGAUGAACAUCCUUCACCUGCAAGUGGAAUACCUGAUUCAGUACAAGCAUUGAUUGGUGGUAGAUCAGUAGCUGACGAAAAUCCAACUCCUAUUUUUGCUUAUAGACAGCCCGAUGAUAACGUAAGCAUCGAUAGUUUGGAUAAGGAAUAUGAACCCAGGAAAGAAGGAACAGACGCUGGUGUUGGGAUACCACUCAGAGAUUUUACAACUCGUACUGAUAGUGAAUCAAGUCCGAGUCACAGCGUUCCGUCCAAUAAUGAUGCCGUUUCUGGUAUGGUUGAUUAUCAAAAAGUUCGAAGUAUAGCAGAAGCAGAAAAACUGCGCAUGAGAAGAUGGGUCGUAUCAUCACUUCUCGACAGUGAGGAAACUUACUUGGAAUAUUUGAACACUCUCUUGCUUUACAUGAAACCACUGAAAGCAACAAUCGGAACAUCUAUGCCUGUAAUGUCAAGUCAAGAUUUCAAUGUGUUGUUUUAUCGAGUGCCGGAAUUACACAGUCUUCAUGCUGAGUUUUAUGAAGGUCUUACUCGAAGACUCAAAGAUUGGAAUGCUGAUACACAGAUCGGGGAUUUAUUUCAGAAGCUGUUGAGCAAAUUAUACUUUUAUGAAGACUACGUUAACAAUUACAAGAAAGCACAACACACUGCAGAGAAAUGUGCUAAAGAAAAUAAACAAUUUGCUGAUAUUAUUGAGAGUUUGAAAGUUCAGUCUCGAAAGAAAGAGAAGAAGGAAGAUUCUGAAUCUAUAAGUUUGAUUGAAAUUCUUUACAAACCAGCCGAACGAGUGAUGAGGAAUACUUUAGUUUUGCAAGAUAUUCUGAAACACACUCCACAUAGACACCCGGAUUAUCAUACACUGAGACAGGUUUUGAAACAAGCACAACACUUCUUGAAUCGUAUAAAUGCAUCGGCUUCAUCAUCGAGGGGGAGAAAGGCUCCGUCAUCUGCCUCUCUGGCUGCAGCAAGAACGGCGAACAGAGAACUUGUAAAAGAUGGAUAUUUGGUGGAAAUUUCACCUGAAGCUGGAAGUCAAAGAAAACUUCGCCAUGUUUUUUUAUACAGUGAUCUACUAUUAUGUGCAAAGCAAAAACAUGCUGCUGGAAUGUUUCAUCACAAGGAAUCAUAUGAAGCAAAGUGGUACAUUCCUCUCGCUGAUUUAUCGUUCAAGCCGACUGAUGAUUCAGAAGGCGCUUUUGACGUUCCCGAAACAAGUGAAGAUGAUUUGAGAGACUUAAGUAACCGAGCUAUUGGGCUAAAGAAAGAGAUUGCUCGUGAAAAGAAACGUCUCGCUGGACGAAAAGGUCAAUCUGCAGCUGAUCAAGAAGGUGGUCAAACACUAACAAGUAAACUAUUGGAAAGAACCAGAAAGAAAUUGAAUGAAGUGGAGGCUCAGAUUGUAUUGUCUGCACCUAAUUUGCCUCUUCGAAUUUAUCAUAUGCAAGGAAAGAGUUAUAUGUUUCUCAUGUCGUCUGAUUAUGAGAGAGCGGAAUGGACGGAAGCAAUCAUAAAACAACAAGAAUCAUGUUUCAAAAGCUUCUCAUUAACUUCAAUAGAGGUUCAAAUGCUCUUAGCAUCAUGUGUGAAAUUACGAAAAGUCAGUACUUUUGGAUCAAUGUUGAUAAAGGAUGAUGAAGAUUUAUUAUCAGGAUAUCUAACAGUGACUGUUCAUUCUGGAGAAGGUUUUCUUCAUGCCUGCAAUCCAUAUUGUACUCUUGAAGUUGAUUCGUAUGGUCAUUUCCAAACAAAAGCAAAGACAAGACUUAGUGAAAAUACACAGAAACCAGAAUGGGAAAUGGAAUUUGAAUUAGAAGUUGAUGGAGCUCAAACUUUAAGAAUAUUAACAUAUGACAGAGCUCGUGGAUCCAAUGCAGCAUAUAAUGAUGAUGUACUCAUUGCUAAAGGAAAAGUUUCGUUAGUUCAAGGUUCUCUUCGCAACCAUGAAUGGGUCAAGGAAACAGUUUUAAUGAACGAAAUAGAAAUCAAAAUUUCGGCCAAAUUCACACCGAGAGAACAGAGUUUACGACGACUGCCUUCACAAAAAUCAAACGGAGUGUUUGGUGUUAAAAUUGGAAAAGUUACCAAGAGAGAGCAUAACCAUUUCCCCCACAUUGUAAAAAUGUGUGUACAAGAAAUUGAAAGUAGAGGAAUGGAUGAAGUUGGAAUAUACAGAGUAUCAGGUGUUGCUUCGGAAGUCAAAGACUUGAAAGCUUAUUUUGAUACAAAUCGCAAAGAUGUCUCUCUUCUGCUCAGUAAUGUCGAUAUAAAUGCAGUAGCUGGAUGCUUGAAACUUUACUUCAGAGAAUUGCCUGAACCUUUGUUUACAAAUGCAAAAUACAGUGACUUCGUUGAAGCAGUAGGACUGGCGGAUCCUGAGACCAAACAUAAUACAAUAUGGAGAUUAUUGGCAGAUCUUCCACCAGCUAAUUAUCACACGCUGAUUUAUUUAAGACAACAUUUGCUAAGAGUUGCAGAAAAUGAUUCUGUAAAUAAGAUGACUCUCCAUAAUCUCGCCACUGUUUUUGGACCAACAUUGUUGAGACCUGCAGAAGAUCCAACUAAAACUGAUACAAAAAAUUCAGAUGUUCUUAUGCUCAGUGCAUUAAGAAUGGAUGUACAUUAUCAGGUUGGAGUCUUGCUAUAUUGCCUUGAGUUACCAAAGAUGCCGGAACUUGGAGCGACAACUACUGGCUCAAAGUUGGUUUCCAAUUCUACAGAUAAUGAAGGAAGACAAUCGCCAACCACUGUACCAAAAUCUGUUGUUGGUACUUCAUCGAGUAUGAGAAGUACUCGUGCACCUGAUAAUGUGUAUGUGAGCGCUGAUAAUGAUAGCAAAAUACCACGGCAAGUCAGUUUUGGAUCGAAACCACCGAUUAAAUCUAGGCAGUCAGUGACGAGGUCCAUUACAAUGGAUGAUGCCAGCUUAAACAAGGGCGAUUCUGUUAAAGUGGCACGACCUGAAAAACCAAUAAAACGAAGCACUGGUAUGCCUUCUACCCCUGCAUCUCAGCUUAGAGAGCGUUAUCAUGCUUACGAAGAAGUUGACAUUGUACCACUCAGUAAAAGCCCCACUCGAACAACAGCACCACAAUCACUUAUACCUAGUACAAGCCAACAAAACUCAAGUAAUAAUAACAGUGUAAAAGUGGAUAAAAGGAAAAGCCAAUUUGGUGGUAAAGCCGUCGCCCCUCCACGGGUUCCUCCUAAUAAACCUAAGCCAGCCCCAAGAAAACCAUCUGUCAAAAAGCAGCAAACUGUUGUUACAGACUUGUAGAAAACUUCACAUGAUACGCAUUCUAUGCGAGAACGCAGCGUGACGUGACAUACAUAUGGCUGUGUUGCAUGGCUCAGCAAUGCAUGGGAAAAUUGAUCUUGAACUGAUUCUUCUAGUAUUUUUAUGCAUUGAAUUAGCAGUGAAUGUGUUACAUAUACAACAGUGAUACCAUGGUCCAGUUUUAAGGACCAACAAAUUUCACUAAGCUAUUUUUAAAAAAAAUAUUGUCGUUCUCUUAUUUUAUUUUUUACUCACCCAAUAAAUAACAAAAUGCUUCAUGAUGAUAAUGAAUAUACCAGAGCUUUUUUUCAUUCAUUGCGCAUUUUUUUUUAUCCGAAUAAGUCUGCCUUUUAGUUUGUCACAGCAUUCAGUGGAGGACAUGUUCCUUUUUCAUUUAGCAAUUUGUCAGACGACAAAUUGAUACUUGUGUUAUUGACAGCUUCAUUUUAUUCUUUCUAUUGAUUUUUUUAUAGUUUAAACUUCUGUCCAUUUUUCAUUUUCAAUACGGAACAAAUCAGUGAGGAUCAACAGAAACUUUAGCAUAUAUUAUCUGCACAUCUACAUGGUGACAAAUAUGAAAUGUUCCCAUUUUAAUUCUGAUGAAUUUUAUGCAUUCCACCACAUCACCAAUCGGGACAAAUCUCUAGGGGGAAAAUAAAAGUGCUGCAAAAUUGGUAUACGUGUAAAUAAAAAUAGGCACAAAUACACUGCCAUAUAUAGGAUAGGAUCUCGGCAUCUACACCAUGAUUUGUUGAGGUCAUGGUAUUCUGAAAUCUGCCCUAAAAAAUUAUCUAAUCUAUAUGCUUGAAAUUUACAAUUCAGGCAAAAUUUUACUCCAUAGAAAACUACAAAAAAUAGUUUUAAUUUCCUGAAUCUUUAUUGUAGUAUAUCUAGCUCAAAUAUCAUAAAUUCCCACAAUUCCCGCUAAAAAGAUUGUACUUUCCAACCUUUUUCUUACACACCCUUGUACUUGAUGUUAUUUAUGCAUAGUAAUAUUGCACUGCAUGAAUGCAGUGAUAUUUUGGUUUCUUGUAUUGUUGUAAGUAAAGGUACUUGUCUCUGUUUCAUGAUUUGCACCAGCUCAUCGGUAUGAUAAAAUUUUUUGGACUACCUGAUUCUAGUUUUUUUUUAUUAUCUGCAGUUUUAUAUUUUUUCCAGUUGUUAUGUGCGCUUAACAACUGGAAUUUAUAAAGAAGAUGAUGUUGUUAAAAAAAUAAAUGUAUGUGGGGAUCAACAAGAUACUUGAUCGCACAGUUCAUAUUUUUUGUGCAAUAUAAUCUCAUGUAUCAAAUACUUGGUAUGUUUGUUGAUGAAAGUUAAAUUCAGUUGCGAGCCUGAAGGUGAAUUUCCGGUGUUGUCUUGCCUUUUUUUCGAUCUUUAAAUUUUUUUAUAUUUUUUAUUUUACAUCUAUUUUUUAUUCUAAAUUUGAGUAAACAGAAUAGUAGAAACACAA